AUGCGUUUCAUGACAGCGGUGAAUUUCAAGGUUUUGCCAGUAUUUUGGCAUCGUAUGACGAACAUUCGAUCAUUCUGCAGAAAUCAUCGAUUGGAUUACGAAGAGUUGUCGGUGCAUGUACGACCGCAAUUCCGUAGAAUAAAACUUAACGAAUGUCAUGGAAUGUUCGCCAGAAAUAUCCACAGUCGUCGACAGACUGCUGCUAUUAUUUCAAUCAGAUCAUUUGCAACUAAACGGUCCAACGAUAAAGAACCAUCCAAUGGAAACAAUGAAGAUGAUCUGGGAGAUCCAGCUUCAUUACCUGCCACUGUUGUUGUGCCAGAAGUAUGGCCUCAUGUUCCAGUUAUAGCAAUUAAUAGAAAUCCAGUAUUUCCAAGAUUUAUAAAACUUGUAGAACUUAGUAAUCCAAUCAUCAUGGACUUAAUUCGUAGAAAAGUGAAAUUAAAUCAACCUUAUGUUGGAAUCUUUUUAAAAAAAGCAGAAGAAAACGAAGCAGAAGUUGUAGAAAAUUUAGAUGAUAUUUACCCUGUUGGAACAUUUGCACAGAUACAUGAAGUACAAGAUUUAGGAAAUCGGUUAAGAUUAGUUGUAAUGGCACAUAGAAGAAUUAAAAUUGUUGGUCAAAUCUUGGAAGAACUUCCAAAACCUUCCCAUGAGAUGAAACUGACGUUUCCUCUACUAAAUACAACAAUUCGCGUCCCUAUAGACGAUUCAGUUUCUGGUGGCAAACCGAGUCGUAGGUCGCUAAUUCGUAAGAAAAUGGAAAACAAAGUACCAGAACCAGAAAAGGUACAAAAAAUUGAAGAAACAAAUCCCCCUGAAAGUAAAGUUGCAGAAGAAGCACAGGAGAAAGUUGCUCCUGUAAAAGAAAAAGUUACUCAAACAGAGUCUGCACCUCAACCUACAUCUCAACCUUUGUUAAUGGUAGAAGUUGUAAAUGUUACCCAUGAAAAAUUUAGGCAAACUGAAGAAAUUAAGGCUUUGACACAAGAAUUAAUCAAAACAAUUCGAGAUAUAAUAAGUAUGAAUCCAUUAUACCGUGAAUCUUUGCAACAAAUGUUACAUCAAGGUCAAAGAGUUGUAGAUAAUCCAGUUUACCUGAGUGACUUAGGUGCAGCUCUGACAGGAGCAGAUGCACAAGAGCUGCAACAGGUGUUAGAGGAAAUGGAUAUUUUAAAAAGAUUAAGAUUAUCGCUUGCACUCUUAAAGAAAGAGUACGAAUUAAGUAAAUUGCAACAAAAAAUUGGCAGAGAAGUUGAAGAGAAAGUGAAACAGCAACAUAGAAAGUAUAUUCUUCAUGAACAAUUAAAAGUUAUUAAAAAGGAAUUAGGACUAGAAAAAGAUGAUAAGGAUGCUAUAGGAGAAAAGUACAGAGAACGUAUAAGACAAAAGACAGUUCCAAAAACAGUGAUGGAUGUGCUUGAAGAAGAAUUGAAUAAAUUAAAUUUCCUAGAAAGUCACAGUAGUGAAUUUAAUGUAACAAGAAAUUACUUAGAUUGGCUUACAGCUAUGCCUUGGGGUGUAACUAGUCCCGAAAAUUUAAAUCUCCAGCAGGCAAUUGAGAUUUUGGAUAAAGAUCAUUACGGAAUGGAAGACAUAAAGAAGCGAAUCUUGGAAUUCAUUGCUGUCAGUCAAUUGAAAGGUUCAACGCAAGGAAAAAUAUUAUGCUUCCAUGGUCCACCGGGUGUUGGAAAAACGUCAAUAGCGAAAUCAAUUUCCCGUGCACUUAACAGAGAGUAUUUCAGAUUUAGCGUUGGUGGAAUGACAGAUGUUGCAGAAAUUAAAGGUCAUAGAAGAACUUACGUGGGUGCCAUGCCUGGCAAGGUUAUUCAGUGUUUAAAAAAAACCAAAACUGAAAAUCCACUUAUUCUUAUUGAUGAAGUCGAUAAGAUUGGAAAAGGUCAUCAAGGUGAUCCAGCUUCCGCUCUUCUGGAAAUGUUGGAUCCAGAACAAAAUGCAAACUUUUUGGAUCAUUAUUUGGACGUAGCCGUUGAUUUGUCUAAGGUUCUCUUCAUUUGCACGGCAAACGUGAUCGAUACCAUUCCAGAACCUCUGAGGGAUCGUAUGGAAAUGAUAGAUAUGUCAGGUUAUGUGGCAGAAGAGAAGCUUGCAAUUGCUAAGCAGUACUUGGUACCACAAGCCAUGAACGAUUCUGGUCUCACCGGUGAACAAAUUAGUAUAAACGAUGAUGCGCUCCACUUGUUGAUCAAGUCUUACUGUCGAGAAUCAGGAGUGAGAAGUCUUCAAAAGCACAUAGAGAAAGUUCACCGAAAAGUAGCGUUUAAAGUGGUUAAGAAAGAAGCAGAAAAGGUUGAUGUGACUGUGGACAAUUUACACGAGUUCGUAGGCAAACCUGUGUUCACACACGAUAGGAUGUACGAGGUUACUCCUCCUGGAGUGGUUAUGGGUCUUGCAUGGACUGCUAUGGGAGGUUCGACCUUGUUCAUCGAGACGAGAAUCAGAAAACCUGUGGGCUCGAAGAAAUUAGAAGGCAGUUUUGAAGUCACUGGCCAUUUAGGUGAUGUGAUGAAAGAAUCUAUACGCAUAGCCAUGACGGUUGCGCGAAAUUUCUUAACUCAAGAAGAUCCAUCCAAUACUUUCCUGUAUGAUUCUCACCUGCAUUUACACGUACCUGAAGGCGCUACUCCAAAGGAUGGGCCCAGCGCAGGUAUCACUAUUGCAAUAGCGUUUGUUUCACUCGCCAAAAAUCAGUCGAUAAGGCAGAACGUUGCAAUGACUGGAGAGCUUAGCUUGAUGGGUAGAGUUCUUCCUGUUGGUGGUAUUAAAGAGAAGAUAAUUGCUGCAAGACGAGUUGGUGUAAAUUGUGUAAUUUUACCUGAGGAAAAUAAGAAGGAUUAUAAUGAUCUACCUAAAUACAUUACGGAUGGUCUUGAGGUUCACUUUGCUUCAACUUUCAACGAUGUGUAUCGCAUAUGUUUCACGCCAAAACAAGAAACCACUACUGUUCAUCACCAGGAAUCCUUAAAUAUUGACGUUUCACAGUCGCAAAGCGCCCCACUUUUGGGUAAAAAUAACGACUGAAGUAUUUAAAAACUAAGUACUUAUGCAUUUUAUAGGUUGGUAAUGUAUACAUAGUUGGCUCAAAGCAAUUGGACUUAAAAAGCAACCGAAAACCUGUUU